AUGCCAGUAUUCAGUGCGUGUCCUGCUCCGUGUAUUGGUAAACGUGUCUUCGAGGACGUGUUGGACGACGAGCAAGUGUCUUUUGGCGUUGUCAGAAACACCGACAAGAACGAAUGGCAGAUGAGUGCGCCAUUACCUCGAACCAGCAGGAUCGCAGGCGUCACUGUCGCACACGAACGCGUUCCAUUUCCAAGUGCAGCAGCGGAGCAGCCCAUUUCCACCCCAGGCUCUGGUUCCAGCAGUUCAUCGCGUCUGACUAGUUCAGACAAGCUAUCAGCCCUCCCACCGCCCUCAUCUCCCCCAUCUGGGCGCACACGUACCCCCAAUCCAAUGGUUAGACACAGCCUAGACGCUUCCACCUCUCUCCCAUCAUUCGACUCUCCUUCCAACGGUCAACCACUACUUUCUUCAGUGGACCGUGAAAUGCAACGUGCUACUGUUUCAGAAGCCUCAUUUGGAAAAGGAAGCCCACACCAACGAGUUUCAUUCGAGAACGAUCGCAUGUCUCCUUCACCUCCCCACAUCGCUCAUAACAUUCGACCAAGCCCAAGUGUGCAGUCUCACCCUCGCGAGACAGCGACAUUGCCCUCCAGAGCUUCAAUUUUUGAAGGUGGAUUCUCGCGUAUCCCUCGCAGAAGCGAUCCAGUACGUCCAGCUGCAAGCUUUCGAGCAGCUGAACAGUCACGGAAGUCGAGCAUUGAUUCUCCAACUACCCGCUCCGAGACACACUCACGCGCUGCUUCUCCACUGCGAAUAUUUCAGUGGUCGGGAUUUCAUCGCACACACAGUCGAGAAGAGCCUUUUGUCCCCGUCGAUCCUUUCCAGCUGCGCUUACGGCUACGAAGUUUAUCUGCGCACUCUACUCACAUCGACAGCGAGCAUCGCGAUUCAAACUGUGAUUACAAUUGCGAGCACUCAUUUUUUUGCUGCCUCCCCAAGCCUAUAACUUGCACGGCCUCAACCAAGAACAGGAUCCAGUCCGCAUUCAAGAUCACGCGUCAUUUUCUCUCAGAUACCCUCCCUCGCCAGGUAUACCUCCAUUUGCUUCUACGUCUCCCUUCUCUUUAUUUUACCCGCAUCGCGCGUAUCUUUGAAGAUGCAGAAGUAAGCCGCCCUGAUGUGCAGAGGAUGAUCGAUGGCUGUGGAUUACCCCGCCAACGCAGUAAUACAUCCGGUACUCUGCCUCCAGGAGUGCAUCACCAUACAGGCCCUAUGCUACCCUUCCCAGAGGAAUGGACGACGACGAAUGUCUCCCCUGCACUCGUUCGAUUCAAGCACUCGUGGGAGUUUUUUAUAGACUCGUUAAUGAGAGAGUGGAAGACGCUCAAUCUCGUCUCCGCACUUUUGCUGUCUGCCAUCCUCGCUAUGUUCCAGACUGCAGCAGCUAAUGACCCUGUCAUCCGUACUGCUGCUUUACUAUCCCUUAUAUGCGCAAUUAUGAGUCUAUCCUAUGGAUGCAUAUACAUCGUUCGCUUUGGCACGAUGCGUAGCAUGUACAAAGCUACUCGAUGGGCGGAGGAGGCUCGCAAGAUGAAUACCUUGAUAUGGUGGAACGUAUGGGUGCUUUUGGCCAUGCCCGCCGUUUGGCUUGCGUGGUCCAUGAUCCUUUUCGUAGCAACUAUCCUCUCAUUCGUCUGGCGCACUGGUUCGACUGCAGACCCCGCCACCCCCAACUCACUCCCACCCCCAGGCGCAACCGGUCCUCGCGUUGCAAUCACAGCCGUAUUCGUGGUCGGGAUGAUAUACUUCGCCCUGAUCAUCAAGACGCUGAAACGAUAUGGUAGAGAUCCGGAACAACAUGAAUUAAGCGAGAGAGCUGGUAGAGCUGACAAUACAGAAGGUCGGGAUAGAGGAAGGGGACGCGAGAGGCGCCAUGAGAGGGGUAGGGCACGUGAACGAAGGAAUGAGAGGGAGAGUGGGCCUGAAAGUGGACUAUCAGCUAUGAACGACCUGGGACUCACCAACCUCAACAACGUCGCUAAUAACGGGCUUCGCAUAGGCAGUUCCGAAGAAAUCGGAGAUGAGAAAGGUGAAGCUCUAUCAACGGUGCAGGAAAUCAGGGGCAGCACGUAG